AACCUCAUAGCAACCACAGCCACCACCACCACUCCAACCUUGAAACUAUUCAAACACACACUACCAUUUCUGGUUGUUUUAAUCAGUCCAGAAAGAGUUUUUGAACCUUUCUCAUCUCCACCACCACCACCACCACCACCAGAGCAGCAGCUGAUCAACCAACACAAAAAUAGAAGAGAGAGCUAGCAUUUUCAGGUAAGAUAACAUCACACUCCACCAUUUUUGCUUUGACCAAAACAUUCAACUGAACUGUAUAUUAAUCCGCUUUAAAGAUGGGUGACACAAGCUUUUUUGUUCACAUGCAUGCCUUCAACUUAUUCAACUUCAACACCUUGUUGUAAAAUUCAAGCAUUCUCCCAUCUCAUUAACCACAAACCUCCUCCCACAUGCAUCUUGUCUCCUCACACCAAGACUUUCCACCACCACCAUCUUCCUCCUUCAACACCACCACCAUUUUCAAGCCCUAAUUUUUCCCCAGAACCACUCAAAAAAUGGAGCUAAACACAACCCAUUUUCUAUUUUCCUUCACAUUGUUGAUUUUCAUAACCAUGACAAGAAUCUCAUUAAUUACCUCUCUGUCCUCUGAUGGCCAAGCCCUUCUCUCCCUCCUCCCUGCAAAGCAAUCUUCUGUGCUUUCCUCAUGGGACUCAUCAAGUGAAACACCAUGCUCAUGGCAAGGCAUAACAUGCUCUCCCCAAAACAGAGUAAUCUCACUCUCUCUCCCCAACAUUUUCCUCAACCUCUCCUCUCUCCCUCCGCAGCUCUCCUCCCUCUCGUAUCUCCAGCUCCUCAACCUCUCCUCCGCCAACAUUUCCGGCACCAUCCCACCUUCCUUUGGCCAACUCACCCAUCUCCGCCUCCUCGACUUAUCCUCCAACUCCCUCACCGGCCCCAUUCCUCCGGAGCUCGGCCAUCUCUCCACCCUCCAAUUCCUUUUCCUCAACUCCAACAGACUCUCAGACAAAAUGCCUCAACAACUUGCCAACCUCACUUCCCUCCAAGUGCUUUGUCUCCAAGACAACCUCAUCAACGGCUCAAUACCGUCUCAGUUGGGCUCUCUGGUUUCCCUCCAACAGUUUCGUGUCGGAGGGAAUCCAUAUAUAACCGGCGAAAUCCCUUCCAAACUAGGCCUGCUCACCAACCUCACAACUUUUGGCGCGGCAGCUACCGCCCUUUCGGGUGUGAUUCCAUCCACAUUUGGGAACUUGAUCAACCUCCAAACACUGUCUCUUUAUGAUACUGAGAUAUCUGGCUCAAUACCACCGCAACUCGGGCAUUGUUCGGAGCUGAGGAAUUUGUAUUUGCAUAUGAACAAGCUUACUGGUUCGAUUCCUCCACAAUUGGGGAAACUGCAGAAGCUCACCAGCCUGCUUGUCUGGGGCAAUGCAUUAUCAGGACCAAUCCCAGCUGAGAUUUCAAACUGUUCUUCCCUUGUUGUUCUUGAUGCUUCUGCCAAUGAUCUCUCUGGACCAAUCCCAAGAGACUUGGGGAAGCUGGUGGUUCUUGAACAGCUUCAUCUCUCCGAUAAUUCGCUCACUGGAGCAAUUCCAUCCCAGCUCAGCAACUGCACCAGCCUCACAGCUCUUCAGCUUGACAAGAACCAAUUGUCAGGUACAAUUCCUUGGCAGGUUGGCAAUCUCAAGCUCUUGCAGAGUUUCUUCUUGUGGGGUAAUUCUGUAUCGGGAACUAUACCGGCUUCAUUUGGCAACUGCACUGAGCUCUAUGCACUUGAUCUUUCAAGAAACAAGCUUACCGGGUCGAUCCCAGAAGAGAUUUUUGGAUUGAAGAAGCUGAGCAAGCUCUUGCUGUUGGGGAAUUCUUUGUCAGGUGGGUUGCCUCGAAGCGUUGCACAAUGUCAAUCUCUAGUCAGGUUGAGGCUUGGGGAGAACCAGCUUUCAGGACAGAUUCCAAAGGAAAUAGGCCAGCUGCAAAACCUCGUGUUUCUCGACUUGUACAUGAAUCAUUUCUCUGGAAGACUGCCAACUGAGAUUGCCAACAUCACAGUUCUUGAACUGUUGGAUGUGCACAACAACUAUUUAAGUGGCGAAAUCCCGACUCAGCUUGGGGAACUUGUGAAUUUGGAGCAGUUUGAUCUGAGCAGGAACAGCUUCACUGGCGAAAUUCCUUGGAGCUUCGGCAACUUAAGUUACUUGAACAAGCUCAUUGCGAACAAUAAUCUACUCUCAGGUUCGAUACCAAUAUCUAUCCGGAACCUGCAGAAGCUAACUCUGCUGGAUUUGAGCUUCAACAGCCUCUCCGGUCCAAUCCCACCCGAAAUUGGUCGUGUGACAAGCUUGACAAUAAGUUUGGACUUGAGCUCGAAUAGUUUUACUGGAGAAAUCCCAGAGACAAUGGCAGAUUUGACGCAAUUGCAAUCACUGGACCUUUCGCAUAAUAUGCUCUACGGAAAAAUUAAGGUUCUUGGUUCUCUAACUAGUCUCGCAUCCCUAAAUAUUUCCUGCAACAAUUUUUCAGGUGCCAUCCCAGUUACGCCAUUUUUCAGAACUCUUUCUUCGAAUUCAUAUGCUCAGAAUCCACAUCUUUGUGAGUCUGUUGAUGGGACUACUUGUUCUUCAAGUCUAAUGCAAAAGAAUGGUUUGAAAUCCGCAAAAACUGUUGCUUUAAUUACUGUGAUUCUGGUGUCAGUCACCAUAGCACUUGUUGCCUCGUGGGUUCUUAUUAUGCGAAAUCAUAGAUAUAUGGUAAAGAAAUCUUUAGCAGCAAUGGCAGCGUCGUCGGGGGCUGAAGAUUUCUCGUAUCCAUGGACUUUCAUCCCAUUUCAGAAGCUCAAUUUCACCAUUGAUAACAUCUUGGAUUGUUUGAAGGAGGAAAAUGUGAUUGGAAAAGGUUGUUCUGGAAUCGUCUAUAAGGCCGAAUUGCACAAUGGGGAUUUGAUUGCGGUGAAAAAGCUAUGGAAAACGAAGCAAGAGGAAGAGCCAAUAGACUCUUUUGCUGCAGAAAUUCAAAUUCUUGGACACAUUCGCCAUCGGAACAUUGUGAAGCUCCUAGGUUACUGUUCGAAUAGAAGUGUCAAGCUGCUUCUUUAUAACUACAUUCCCAAUGGCAAUCUGCAGCAGCUAUUGCAAGGGAAUAGGAACUUGGACUGGGAAACUCGGUACAAGAUUGCAAUUGGAUCAGCUCAAGGUUUAGCAUACCUUCACCACGAUUGUGUCCCAACGAUUCUGCACAGGGAUGUCAAGUGCAAUAACAUACUACUGGAUUCAAAGUAUGAAGCCUAUCUAGCAGAUUUUGGUCUGGCAAAGCUGAUGAACUCUCCUACUUACCACCACGCAAUGUCGAGAGUAGCCGGCUCUUAUGGUUAUAUUGCCCCAGAGUACGGAUACACGAUGAACAUAACGGAGAAGAGUGACGUCUACAGCUAUGGUGUGGUUCUGCUGGAGAUCUUAAGUGGGCGUAGCGCUGUUCAGCCACAGAUAGGUGACGGGCUACACAUCGUUGAAUGGGUGAAGAAGAAGAUGGGAAGUUUCGAACCAGCUGUAUCAAUACUAGAUACAAAGCUCCAAGGUCUACCAGAUCAAAUGGUGCAGGAGAUGCUGCAAACACUUGGAAUAGCAAUGUUCUGUGUGAAUUCUUCGCCGGCAGAACGACCAACCAUGAAAGAAGUGGUGGCAUUGCUAAUGGAGGUUAAGAGCCAGCCUGAAGAGGGGGGAAAAACCUCCCAACCCCUAAUAAAGCAAUCUUCAAAUCAAAGUUAAUGGUUUUAAUCCUUUUUCUAAACCUUCCAAGGACAAUUUUAGUGAUUAAUUUUCUAGAACAAUAUCAGCGAGGGAUUCAUGGUUUUGAAUGGUGAUGGCUUUAGGUUUCUUGUACAGUUUUGAGACGUUAAUCUGGUUAAAUGCUUCAAAUCACACUUUCCCCCGCU